GUCAGACCUUCCGCUCGCCGCUGCCGAAUCUCCGAGCGUCUCUUCGCAGCGGCUCGCGCACUUCCGCAGCCCACUUGAGGCCCGCCGGCGCCUGGCAGCCGCGCGCCAUCUUCACCCAGCGCCAUGGCUGCGGCGGGCGGGCUGGGAGCGGCCGGGCGCUGCCCGCUCCUCGGCCUGCUUUUGCUUUCGCUGAUUGCGGGCCCUGCGCUGGGCCGGAACGACCCUGACAGAAUAUUGUUGCGGGAUGUAAAAGCUCUUACCCUCCACUACGACCGCUAUACCACCUCUCGUAGGCUGGAUCCGAUCCCACAGCUGAAAUGUGUUGGAGGCACAGCUGGCUGUGAUUCUUACACACCAAAAGUCAUACAGUGUCAGAACAAAGGAUGGGAUGGUUAUGAUGUACAGUGGGAAUGUAAGACCGAUUUAGAUGUUGCAUACAAAUUUGGAAAAACCGUGGUGAGCUGCGAAGGCUAUGAAUCCUCUGAAGACCAAUAUGGACCGCAGAAUACUGGCCGUGGUGCGACUCCUGGUUUUGGUAGUGCUUUCACAGGACAACAAGGAUGUGAAAACUCAGGACCAGGAUUCUGGACUGGCCUGGGAACUGGAGGAAUAUUAGGAUACUUGUUUGGCAGCAAUAGAGCAGCAACACCCUUCUCAGACUCGUGGUACUACCCAUCCUAUUCUCCACCCUACUCCAGCACCUGGAAUAGCCGCGCUUACUCACCACUUCGUGGAGGCUCAGGUGGCUAUUCGGCAAAUUCAAACUCAGAUACGAAAACGAGAACUGCAUCAGGAUAUGGUGGUACCAGAAGACGGUAAAGUAGAAAGUUGAAGUCAAACACUGGAUGCAAAAUUUCUGAUUUUUUAUCACUUUCUGUUUAGAAAAAGUGCUACCUACUAACAACUGGUGAAAGAGGAUAUUCAGAAGUCCUGUGGUGUUUUGUCCUGUAUAGCUUUUUGUGUACUAUUAUUUGAGGCUAAGAGUUGCUGUAUGACAAAGUACUUAUGUAUUGUGUUAGUGUAACAUGCAGAUGUAUAUUGCAGUUUUUGAAAGUGAUGAAUACUGUGGAAUGCUGAAAAUACAUUGUUUAAUUUCUAAAAACUGUGAUGCCAUAAGAAGCAUUAAGAAUGAAGGUGUUAUGGAAACUGAGUACAGAAAAUUUCAGUCUUAGGUGGAUUGUAGUUAAUGAGUUGUUACCUUAUAGAGACAAUAAUAUUUUAUUUGUUAUUGUAUCAUUUGGUGUUUGCUGUUCUUCAGACAUUUAAACCAAGCUUCGGACUACUCAUCAUGCUAAUUUGUGGUUUCUGAUCACUUUUGAGCUCCAGAGCUUUGAAUCUUUUGGUGGUGGUAGCCUUCUGGUAAGUGAGACUUACCUUUCUUAGGAAAAGGUAGAAAAUAAGUAUCUAGAAGGUUGUUGUGAAUAAUUGUGUGCUGACAAAAAUACUUGAAAUCUCCAUAUUUCUUCAAUUCCUAAGAGUUAAAGUUCAAAUGCUUCAACAAAGGUCUUUUAAUAGCAAAAGCAUGCAUUUCUCUGUGGAAUCUCAAAUAUUGUUGUAAUAGUCUGUUUUAAUCUUA